AUGAGCAGCAGCAGAAGAACAAGCAGCAACAGCGGCAGCAGCAGCAGCAGCGACAGGGGUAGCACAAGCAGCAACAUCAGUGGGGAUAGCAGCACAAAUAGCAGCAACAGCAGCGCCACCAGCAACAGCAGCAGCAGCAGGAGCAGCAGCAGCAGGGGCAGCAGCAGCAGCAGCAGCAGCACGCUGGCAGAAACAGCAGCAGGGGCAGCAUCAGUUCUAACAUCAGCCCAGCAGCAACAGCAGCAGCAGCAGCAGCAGCAGGAGUAG